CCCCACUGCUCGUCAAACCGUCUCUCUGUGGUCGCGGCCGCCAUGUUGUGGCGGCGACGCCGCGCGGUCUCCGGCGUUUCCUACUCGGCCUUCUAGGCUCUUGCUCGCUGAGCCGCCGCUCGUUUACCUCAGCUUUCGGUCUCCCCUCGCUGGCAAAGAGGGUGACUGAGGGCGGCCGGUGAGAAAUCUGGUUCCUCCCCUCCCCCACUCCCGGGGACGGUGGGUGAAGUGAGAAGGAAAUGGCGAGCGGGGCCCACACCUCUCCCGUUGGCGGCAAGAUGCUCCAGGCCGUGGGCAACAAACGCGGCAUCGAGAGUCCGGCGCUCGACGAUGAUUUUGGGCAGAAGAGAAGGAAAAGAAGUCGCUGGAGCAAUGAGACUUCGGAUCAGAAAACGGUCAUUCCUGGGAUGCCGACUGUGAUUCCACCUGGACUGACCCGUGAUCAGGAGCGUGCUUAUAUCGUGCAACUUCAGAUUGAAGACCUGACCCGCAAACUGCGUACUGGAGACCUUGGUAUCCCCCCAAACCCUGAGGACAGGUCCCCCUCUCCUGAGCCAAUCUACAACAGCGAGGGCAAGAGGCUCAACACUCGCGAGUUCAGAACUCGGAAGAAAUUGGAAGAGGAGAGACACAACCUCAUUCAGGAGAUGAUUGCCCUCAACCCUGAUUUCAAACCACCAGCGGAUUACAAGCCACCAGCCACACGUGUGAGUGACAAAGUGAUGAUCCCACAGGAUGAAUACCCAGAGAUAAACUUUGUUGGCCUGCUGAUUGGACCCAGAGGCAACACGUUGAAGAAUAUUGAGAAAGAAUGCAAUGCCAAAAUCAUGAUCCGAGGGAAAGGCUCAGUGAAGGAGGGCAAGGUGGGCCGGAAAGAUGGACAGAUGCUGCCGGGGGAAGAUGAACCGCUGCAUGCUCUGGUCACUGCGAACACAAUGGAGAAUGUGAAGAAGGCAGUGGAGCAGAUCCGAGGUAUCCUGAAGCAAGGUAUUGAAACCCCAGAGGAUCAAAACGACCUGCGGAAGAUGCAGCUGAGAGAGCUAGCUCGCCUCAAUGGCACUCUCCGUGAGGAUGACAACAGGAUACUGAGACCAUGGCAGAGCACAGAGCCCAGGAGUAUCACCAACACGACGCUGUGUACGAAAUGUGGUGGGGCAGGCCACAUUGCUUCUGACUGCAAAUUCUCCAGGCCAGGAGACCCGCAGUCUGCUCAAGACAAGGCACGAAUGGACAAGGAGUACCUGUCGCUAAUGGCAGAGCUGGGAGAAGCUCCAGUGCCAGCAUCAUCAUCCUCGGCACACACAAGCUCCACGCAGCCGAGUGUACCACGGACCUCUGGGCCAGCCAGCAGUCAGCAGCAACUUCCGAGCAGACCUCCGUGGAUGAGCACCGGUCCCUCUGACGCCAACAGACCCUACCACGGGAUGCACGGUGGGCCGCACCCGGGUUUCCCCCCUCCCAUGCCCAGCAUGAGUGGCCAUCCGCUGCCACCCAACCCUAAUGGGCCUCCGCCUCCUUGGAUGCAGCCGCCUCCACCUCCGAUGAGCCAGGGCCACCACCCUGUGCACCCGCCCAUGAAUAUGAUGCACCAUCCGAUGGGCAUGUUACCACCACCACCCCCACCUCCAGCCAGCCAACCUCCACCCCCACCCAGUGGCCCCAUCCCACCCUGGCAACAACAGCAGGCCCAGCAACAGCAGCAGCCGCCACAACCCAGCAGCAGUAUGGCCUCCAGUGCACCCUUACCCUGGCAACAGAGUGAAUACCAACACCACGACGAUUACCGCAGCGAGCGUCCCUCCGUGGCAGCAGCAGCAGCCGCAGCCUCAGCCUCCGCAACCUCAGCCGCAGCAGCCCCAGGUGCAGCCCGCCCCCGCCUCCAGCGCAGCCCCACCCCCGCCCAUGCCUGCCGCCCCUUCUAUGGUUCCCCCUCCCCCUGGGGUCCAGCCUCCCCUCCCCCCCGGGGCGCCCCCUCCGCCGCCGCCCCCUCCCCCGCCAGGCACGGCCGGCAUGUUGUACGCCCCGCCCCCCCCUCCUCCCAUGGACCCCUCCAACUUUGUGAUGAUGGGGAUGGGCGUGCCAGGAAUGCCGCCCUUUGGCAUGCCUCCCGCUCCGCCCCCGCCCCCUCCCCAAACCUAAGACACCUCUAUUUCAGAUACCCAUACCCUCGAACCAUGUUCAGAUAGAGAAAGGAGCUCACUCUACAGGGAGCCAGGGUCGCAGUGUUGCCCAUUGGCACCCUAUCUUGCCAGGGCACGUUUGUGCUAUUUUGUUUUUAAGUUUUAGAAUCAUACAAAAGGAUGAAAACAGGAAACUGUUUUUAAACCAAAAAAAAAUUGCUAGCAAACAGCCUCUGCACCUCGAUGGGAUAGAACCGAUCGGAGCCUUUCGAUGAAGACGGUGGUUGUGGAGAGGAGUUUGGCCUGGAGUAGAAGCAGUAUUAAGACCAUGAGCUGUCUGUCUCUCUCUCUCCCCAUUCCCUCCCCUUCUUUCUUACUCUGUCACUCUCUCCCUCUGUUUCUCUUCUCCCCUACCUCCCCCGCCCCCUUUUUCUCUCUGUUUCUCUCUCUGUCUCUGUCUCUCUCCCCUCCCUGUCUUUCUUUUUCUGUCUGUUAUAAAUGCACCAUUUACUGUGUCUCUGAAGCUUCAGUUUGCACCAGGGGUGGGGUGCAGAUGUUUAUAAGGAGAAAAAUAGCCAUACACCAUGCAGCCAAGCGCAGUUUGACACCUGUUUGUGCUGGCACAGGGUAGGCUGCCCAGUGGUUAACUUAUUGCAGGGAGGGGUUUGGUUCAGGUGCAGUCGCUGUCUCCAGGUCACACUUUUUAAAAACCCCGGCCCCCCCACCCCACCCCAUCCCAACCCUUGUCCUGGGAGAGACGUUUGGAAGCUGGGCUGGCAGUGCUGUACUUCCCUCCACCUGUGAGAUUAUCUCCUGUGUUUGAGCACCUUCUACAGAGAGUCCACCAGGGAACUGGACUGGGCAUUGACGUCAUCUGUAUAAAGUUGGAGUGACUGCCCCGUGCUGUUUCUUGCUCGGAGUGGUGAUGGUUGUAGGGGCAGGCUGCAUAAUGGGAGAGAGCUGGAGGAGAGAUCGAACAUCCGUGUAGUUGUUCUUUUUUUAAAAAAAAAAGCGACAGUUCAUCCUGUCUUUCACCGCGUGACCCCACAAUCUUUAUGGAGACGUAUGUCCAAGAUGGCUUCCCAGUUCUUUGUUCAAAACAAAAAUAGGCUGCUGUUGCCAAUCUGUAUGUCGCUAACUCAUUCUGUGAUCAGUGUUUUGUCUCAUCCAGUGACUUGUUCUUAAACCUUGUGUUGAAUUUCUUUUUAUUUGCUAUUGUGAAAUGAUGUAAACCAUUCGUAACUGCCGCGGUAAGCGUUGCAUGACAAGUCGCGUUUUAUUUUUGUUGCUCUCAACUUCUCCCACUCCCCCUCCCCCACCCGCUGAGCCGCGGUUUAUUUUCUCUUGUGUUUCCCGUUCUCUUCCCCCACUCCCUCAGGUGGAGCUGCAAGCGAGGGGGCCGCAAGGAGGAUUAAGAGGGGGCCUGUCUCUUCCCAACCCCCUCCCCAAAUCGCAGGACUUGCAAUGGAACCUCUGCUUUCCAGAAGAUGGACAGUGA